UGCGCAUGGUGAAAAACGCAUGCGCGCCUCGAUCUUCCUUUUGCCAAGUUGCCAAAGUUGCCGAUAUGGCGAGUGAACUGCAGCAAUUUGAAGCCCUGGUCGGGGAGUUGUUGAGUCCACAAAAUGACGUUAGAAAUCAAGCUGAGGCCAAAUACAAUAGCAUUCCAGACAUUACAAAGAUACAAUUCCUGCUAAACACAAUGCUAAUAAGUCAAAAUAUGGAGUUUCGUGUCAUGGCUGCUGUUUUGUUGCGUCGUUUGCUGAGCAACCUUGAAGACUUCAUCACUAUUGUGCCAGCAGAAAUACAAGAACAAUGUAAGGUACAGUUACUGCAAGGUGUCCAAGUUGAACAUAAUGCAAAUAUGAGAAAAAAGUUCUGCGAUACCAUUUCAGAGCUGGCAAAGUGCUACAUAACUGAUGAAGGAGCAAACCAGUGGCCUGAUAUUUUGAAGUUCCUUUUUGAAUGCUGCAACUCACCAUCAGAUGAAGUUAGAGAAGUCCCACUUCAUAUUCUACAUGCUUUUCCUGGGAUAUUUGGAACACAACAAGAUACCUAUUUACAAGUUAUUAAGGAAAUGUUGCUGCACAAUUUACAAGUACCACAGACCAAGAUCCAUUACCUCGCUGCAAAGGCAACUUGCACAUUUGUCGUAGAGUCACUUGAUCAAGCAAAACACAAAUUGUUUUCAGACUUAGUACCAGGAAUUCUGCAGGCCAUUGAGGCAAGUGUUAAAAGUGAAGAAGAUGAUGCAGUUUUAAAAGGUUUUGUAGAACUAGCUGAGACAGCUCCACAAGCAGUGAAACCAAACAUACAAAACGCAGUUACCCUAAUGCUUCACAUCGUAUCAAAUCCAGAGUUAGAUAAUUCCUGGAGACAACUUGCUUUGGAAGCAAUAGUGACCUUUGCUGAGUCAGCUCCUGCGAUGAUACGAAAGCAUGGAGGAGAACUCGUCCCAAAAAUAGUCCCAGAAAUGCUUGCACUGAUGGUGGAUUUGGAGGAUGAUGCAGACUGGUGUAUUUCAGAUGACUCGGAAGACACUGAGACUGACAGUAAUCCAGUGGCAGGAGAAAGUGGACUGGAUCGAUUUGCUUGCGGUGUUGGCGGGAAAAUUGUCUUUCCUCUCGUGCACAGGACCAUUCCUAUUAUGUUAAAGAAUGAUGAUUGGCGAUACCGGCACGCUGGCUUGAUGGCAAUCUCUGCUGUAGCUGAAGGAUGUAAGAAGCAAAUGGAACCACUACUCAAGAGCAUCGUUGAAGAAAUCCUCCUCCACUUAACAGACCAGCACCCAAGAGUUCGUUACGCGGCUUGCAAUGCGUUAGGCCAGCUCGCCACAGACUUCAGCAUCCUCUUUCAAAAAUCCUUCCAUCAAAAAGUUUUGCCAGGGUUGCUGCAGGUUAUGGUCAGUGACUCCUCCUUCCCAAGGGUGCAAGCCCACGCAGCUGCUGCCCUUGUUAACUUUUUUGAAGACUGUCCAGUGAAUGUUCUUGAACCUUACUUGGACGCUGUGAUGCAAAAGUUGGAGUUUGUCUUGUCGGAAAAGAUGCAACGGCUGACGAAUGUAGGCAGUCGCCUCGUUUUGGAACAAAUAUUAACGACUAUAGCAACUGUAGCGGAUACUGCGGAGGCUAAAUUUAUAACGUAUUAUGAUCGGUUCAUGCCAAGUUUGAAGGUAAUUUUUGAGAAUGCAGUCAGCAAAGAAUACCGUCUGAUGCGUGGAAAGUGCAUCGAAUGCAUCAGUUUGAUUGGAUUGGCUGUGGGGAAAGAGAAGUUUUUGCCUGAUGCAUCCGCUGUGAUGCAGCUCCUCCUCAACACACAAAGUGGAAUUCAAGAGCUUGAAGACGACGAUCCGAUAAUUUCUUAUUUGAUUUCCGCCUGGGCUCGGAUGUGCAAAAUAAUAGGCAAGGACUUCGUUCAGUAUCUGCCAGUUGUGAUGCCUAACGUCCUGAAAGCUGCGCAAAUCAAACCGGAAGUGACAGUUUUAGAUACAGAUGACCCCACAAGUGAGGACCAGGACAAAGAAGGCUGGGAGUUUGUCAAUCUCGGAGACCAGCAGAAAUUCGGUAUAAAAACAGCCGGGCUGGAAGAUAAGAGUACUGCUUGUAAGAUGUUGGUUCAUUAUGCAAGAGAGCUCAAGGAAGGGUUCGUUGAUUACGCUGAACAGGUUGUCAAAAUAAUGGUUCCACUUCUGAAGUUUUACUUCCACGAUGAGGUUCGAAUAGCAGCUGCAGAGUCAUUGCCACAUUUGCUUGAGUGUGCCAAGAUCAGAGGCGAUGCAUAUUUACAACAAAUGUGGGCUUUUAUUUCUCCUGAAUUGCUCAAGGCAGUUGAGGGUGAACCAGAGGAAGACGUCGUACCAGAAAUGAUGGACAGUUUUUCAAAGUGUGUAGAGCUGCUUGGAGUUGGUUAUAUCAGUGCUGAUCUUCUUGCUGAACUGGGAAAAAUAAUUCACGAUAAAUUACAAAAACAUUUGGAAAGAUAUGCGGAAAGACACGAAAAACGAAAAGAUGAAGAUUACGACGAAGAAGUAGAAGAAGAUUUACAAGAAGAACACAACACAGAUGAAUACAUUCUCAGCAAAGUUUCAGACAUAAUGCAUUCCCUAUUUAUGACACAUCGAGAUGCUACAAUCCCUUUUUUCCGAAUGUUGCUUUCUGAUUUUGUCACCCUACUGCAUCCAAAUAGGCCAGCCUCCGAUCGACAAUGGUCUCUAUGUAUCUUUGAUGAUCUUUUGGAAUAUGCUGGACCGAACUCAAAAGAAUUCCGAGAGCACUUUACGAACCUGAUGCUGAAUUAUAUUGUUGACAAAAACCCCGAAGUUAGGCAGGCGGCUGCAUAUGGCAUUGGAGUUAUGGCAAUGCAUGGUGGGAAAGAAUUUGUUGAUGUUCUGCAACAGGCGAUCCCGUUAUUAGUUCAAGUUAUAAGUCACGGAGAAAGUCGGAUAAAAGAGAAUGCAAAUCCAACCGAAAACUGCAUCUCGGCUUUAACAAAAAUAUGCAAAUUUCACUCUGAUAUUGUCAAUGUGGAUGAGAUUUUACCAACUUGGCUAACUUGGUUGCCGAUAACAAAAGAUAUCGAAGAAGCACCCCAUGUUUAUGGAUAUUUGUGCGAUUUAGUAGAACAAAACAAUUCGACCAUCCUUGGUGUAAACAAUUCAAAUAUACCAAGAAUAAUUGCUGUUAUUGCGGAGGCAUUUGCAGAAGAGGUUUUUACGGAGGAAAGUGAAACAAAACUACGACUCACGAGUUUAGUUAGACAUGUUCAGACGAAUCCUGAAAUGUGGAAUGCCUGUCUGCAUCAACUACAAGACCAUCAAAAAACUGCACUUCAAGGAUUGAUGACAAAUGGUGUUUGAAUUAGGGCAGCAUUCGUGAAGCAUAAACAACAUCAAAACUAAAACAGACAUUGUUUCUCAACAUGAAAUGCCAAAUGUUAACUCAUACAUUUCUCAACCCAUCUUGCAGCGUUGAUUGUUAAAUUUUGUGAACAGAUUUACUCGGUCUUGCAAAAAAUCUAAAUUUCAAGUAAACGGGCAGGUAAUGCGACAAAUAAAUGCAUUGCUAUAGACGAUCGAUGAGGUUUGUUUGUCAAUGACCAAGGUAUUGAUGAACAAAAUUUGACUAUGCAUCCAGUAAGCGAACGAACAGGUUUUCAUUUACUGGAUUACUGUGUUUAAUUUUGUGUCAUUAAGACCAUUAAUGCCUGUAAGCUUGAACGCAGUCUUCUGUUGAAUCUAAAUGUUGAAACUGGUUGCAGUUCUAAGUUCUUUCAUUUGAACCCUGGUAAGUUACAAAAAUUCUGCAGAUUUGAUCAGUCUUUUAAAACGACUAAAAUCCCAAUGAAUAUUCUCAAACAUGACUUAUCUUGCAUAAAGGACAAUUUCUUUGUUUUUUCGUUCAAUGCAACAAAAUCUACAAAUUGUUGCUGUGGGUGUGGGUUAUCAAUAUUUGUUUAAUGGUUGGAAGUAACUGGAGAUGUUUUUUGUAAACCCAGUCAUAUUCUCUCAAUGUGUCAUUCCCUUGUACACCAGUAUUAUCAUGGUAUUCAGAUCCAUACACGCUAUUGUGUUCCCUGUACUAGCACGCAGUUUGUCGUGAUUUGCCAAAGCUAAUAUUUAUGCGAAAUGAAUUGUCUUGAAUAUAAAAAGCCAGAUGUUUUGUAAAA